AUGAAUUCUGAGUCAUACAGGGAGUUAGACGGCGAACCAUCAAAGAGCAGUCUUGAGCCUGCCGUCCUCUUUUUGUCGGGCCAUUCUGUCCUCGACGAGGCUGCCACAUCCAUCCCACUCUACCAGGUGAACUGUGAUAUUACCUCAAUUUCGAACAAAGACUCAUCGCUGGUAUUUGAAAGAGUGGAGCACACAGUGCCAGGGCUCAAACUCGAGGACGAGGAUGUCACUGUUGGCACGUCGCGAAAGACGCCUAUCUUCUAUCUCGCACACCCUUUAAAUGCGCAAUACCGGACCGACAUACCUGCAAUGUACUAUAUAACGGCUGCGCUACCCGAGAUGGCAGGUAAUAUUCGUCUCGACACUUCUGGAACACGGCUCCAAAAAGUCUCCUUCAAGGCGACGUUAAGCCCCGGCAAAACCGCCUCACACCAACCACUGUUCGACGAGGUCACGCAACAACUAUUGUUUGACGUUCGACCGCAAUGGAAACUCGGUCGGAGUUGCUAUAAGUGGAGCGACUGCGAUGGUAAACAACUGGCAGUGGAAGAGCACACGGGAGAUAUAUAUAAAUUGUCUAUCACAACACAUCUGCAACAAAGCUUGAGGGAUGCGUUGGUCGCUGUGUGGCUUUUGAGACUUUGGCACGACACAGCCGAAAGUAAGCAGGCCAGAAAAGAAUGUGAGUCAAGCCGAGCGCCAUUACCACCAGUCUGUUAUAGCAAACUGUGGCCCCCACCUUGA